AUGGACGAGGUGCGAGCUGAGGGUCAGGCCGGAGGACUAGGCGAGACUGGAAAUCUCGACCAAAUGGCCGAGCUAAGUGAGAUGGAGGUUCAAGAAGGGAAGCUGGCCGAGGUGAACGACCCAAUUCCGGAUUUGACCGAGCUCACUGGUCCAAUUACACGGUCCCGAGCUAAGAAGCUGUCCAUGGUCAUUUGGAGGUUAUACACCGAGCUGAUGGCCAAGUUCACGGAUGCCACACUAAGCGACCGAGCUGUAACACUCUUAGCAUAUUCGGACGGUACGUGCAUGUCAUCUGACUACUCGUUGGACGAUUGCGAGUUCUACACGUUCAAAGAAGGAAACCACCCAAGACAAGAAGAGGCCAACGAUCAAAACCGCGAGGAGCCAAUACAUAUCCGCCGAGACCGGAACUUCGAGCAGGAGAUCGACAACCCAUUCUACGCGGAUAACCACUCAUCUGGUAGCAGCCGAGUUAGGCCGCGAGGUAACCGUGGUGCACACCGAGGCCGAGCUGGAGUAGACCGCGACCGAGGCAAUAAUUUUCCAGGCCGAGACUUCCGAUGUGAAGGAGGACGACCUCAGCGACCCAUCCAUGAACGAAGAGAAGCCGAGCAGGCUCGAGGACGUAACGAUAAUGACCUAGGAGGAAUGAAGCUGCGGAUUCCACCCUUCUACGGAAAGAAUGACCCAGAUGCUUUCCUAGAAUGGGAAAAGAAGGUGGACAUCGUGUUCAACUGCCAGGAUCUGUCGGAGAGGAAGAAGAUCAACUUGGCGGCCUCCGAGUUCAAUGGCUAUGCCAUAGACUGGUGGGACCAGAUCAUGAUCAGCCGACAUAGGAACGGUGAACGGCCCGUGGAAACUUGGGACGAGAUGGCCACUCUUAUGCGGCAACGGUUUGUACCAUCCCACUACCACCAAGAGUUACAUACCAAGCUUGGGAGGCUUACGCAAGGAACUAAGUCCGUGGAGGUCUAUCAUCAGGAGAUGGAGCGUUUAAUGCUCAAGGCCGACGUAUUCGAACCAGAGGACACGACCAUGGCCAGAUUUCUAAGUGGCCUGAAUCGUGACUUGCAGGACCGAAUGGAGCUACAGGAGUAUAACGAUAUGGCCGAGAUGUUACACAAGGCGAUUUUAGUGGAGCAACAACUCAAACGGAAGGGAACUAAUCGAUUUACCCCUGGAGCCAGUUCACGAGCAAGCUACCGAGACGACAAGGCAACCUAUCCCUCACGAUCUAACACUCAACCGAGGACGGACUCAAAACCGAACCAGAACACAGGCAAGACCGAGGCCAGCUCAUCCAGGACGCGAGACAUCGAGUGCUUCAAGUGUCGGGGAAAGGGACACUAUGCCAAUAAAUGUCCGAAUCAGAGGGCUAUGCUCAUGCUCGACACCGGAGAGAUCAUAUCCGAUCACGAGGAGGAAACUGAGCCGGUCUACGAUGAAGAAGAGACCGAGGAGCGAGCUGUGUCCGGAAAGUUACUUGUAGCUCGGCGUGUUCUCAUAGCACAAGAACGGACCAAGGAGGAAGACCAGAGGGAAAAUUUGUUCCACACCCGGUGCCUGGUCCAAGGAAAGGUGUGUAGCCUGAUUAUUGAUGGAGGGAGCUGCACCAACGUGGCUAGCACUAGUAUGGUUGACAAGCUGGGUUUGGAGACCCGUAAACACCCUCAUCCUUAUAACCUGCGGUGGCUUAACAACCAGAGGCAACUCAAGGUCACUAAACAGGUCACUGUUCCAAUUACCAUUGGACGAUAUGAGGACGAGGUCAUUUGUGACGUUCUACCCAUGGAGGCCGGUCAUCUACUCCUAGGACGACCGUGGCAGUUCGACAAGAAGGCGAUCCAUGAUGGGUUCUCAAACAAGCAUUCCUUUGAGCACCAAGGUCGCAAGAUCGUCUUAGCACCCUUGUCACCACAUGAAGUCUAUCUCGAUCAAGUUAAGCUGGAGCAGAACUCUAAGGGUAAAGGUAUUAUGAGCGAAUCCCAAAACACUUCACUUCAAAAGAGAGAGUCUGAGAAAAACCUAGAAAUGGCCUAUGAGGGAAAUCCCGUGAGCAAAGAGUCUUUUCUUGUGAGGCCUAGCGAGGUGAAAUAUGCCUUAGCUACAAAGCAACCCUUUGUCCUUCUCAUUUUUAAAGAAGCUUUGGCUAGCCAUACUAACCCUGAGCCGGUUUUACCGAGCAGAAUCUCUCAUGUUUUGCAGGACUUUGCUGAUGUCUUUCCGGAAGACGACCCAGGUGGCUUACCACCCCUUCGAGGAAUUGAGCACCAGAUCGACUUCGUGCCCGGAGCCACCCUUCCUAACCGACCUGCCUACCGUACUAAUCCCGUGGAAACCAAGGAGCUUCAAAAACAGGUGGAUGAACUUCUGGCCAAGGGUUACAUUCGCGAGAGCAUGAGUCCAUGUGCCGUACCGGUCUUACUCGUGCCCAAAAAGGAUGGAACUUGGAGGAUGUGUGUUGACUGCCGAGCCAUCAACAACAUAACGGUUAAGUAUCGCCAUCCUAUACCUAGGCAUAACGAUAUGUUAGAUGAGCUUCAUGGUGCAUGCAUUUUUUCUAAAAUUGAUUUAAAAAGUGGCUAUCACCAGAUUAGGAUGAAAGAAGGAGAUGAAUGGAAAACGGCUUUUAAAAUUAAGCAUGGUCUUUACGAGUGGCUUGUUAUGCCUUUUGGACUCACUAAUGCACCUAGCACAUUCAUGCGUUUGAUGAAUCAUGUUCUUAGGUCGUUCAUAGGUGUUUUCGUGGUAGUUUACUUUGAUGAACAUGUGCUGCAUUUGAAAAAGGUGUUAGAUGUGCUUAGACAUGAACGACUCUUUGGAAACCUUAAGAAAUGUACUUUUUGUGCGGAUCACGUUGUCUUUUUAGGUUUUGUUGUGAGUUCGCAGGGAAUCCAGGUCGAUGAAGAAAAGAUCAAAGCAAUCCAGGAUUGGCCGAGCCCAAAGACUGUUGGUGAAGUCCGGAGCUUCCAUGGCCUAGCUGGCUUCUAUCGCCGUUUUGUCCAAAACUUCAGCACGAUAGCCGCACCUUUGACCGAGAUCAUUAAAAAGGAGGUCGGGUUUAAGUGGGAGCAACAGCAGGAGGAAGCCUUUCAGCUCUUGAAACAUAAGCUAACCCAUGCGCCCUUACUGGUGUUACCUGACUUUCUCAAGACCUUUGAGAUCGAGUGCGACGCCUCAGGAGUUGGAGUUGGAGCCGUGCUGAUGCAAGAGAAGAAACCCGUGGCUUUCUUCAAUGAGAAGCUAGGAGGAGCAACCUUGAACUACCCAACCUACGAUAAAGAACUGUACGCGUUGGUCCGAGCCCUACAAACCUGGCAGCACUACUUGUGGCCAAAGGAGUUCGUCAUUCAUACGGACCACCAGUCGCUCAAACACUUAAAGGGCCAACAGAAGCUUAACAAGAGGCAUGCCAGAUGGAUGGAAUUCAUUGAGACCUUUCCAUACGUCAUUCAGUACAAGCAGGGUAAAGAGAACGUGGUGGCCGAUGCUUUGUCUCGACGACAUGCCUUGAUUUCCACUUUGGAUGCAAAGGUGCUGGGGUUUGAACUAAUGAAGGAUGCCUACCUCACUGAUCCAGACUUCCAGGAUGUCUACCGAUCCAGUUCCAAAUUUGCCCAUGGCAAAUACUACCAAAGUGAUGGAUAUCUUUUCUAUGAAAAUCGGUUAUGCAUACCUAACACUUCUCUUCGUGAUUUACUUGUUAGGGAAGCACAUGGAGGAGGACUGAUGGGGCACUUCGGAGUAGCUAAGACUCUAAGUGUGGUGCAAGACCACUUCUUUUGGCCGCACCUAAGACGCGAUGUGGAGCGAAUUUGUAGCCGUUGUACGAUCUGCAAGAUGGCCAAAACCCGAAGCCAAGGCCCAGAUGGACCAGACUUGAGGACAAGUCCUUUUCAAGAGGGGGGGAAUGAUACGAGCAUGGACGAGGUGCGAGCUGAGGGUCAGGCCGGAGGACUAGGCGAGACUGGAAAUCUCGACCAAAUGGCCGAGCUAAGUGAGAUGGAGGUUCAAGAAGGGAAGCUGGCCGAGGUGAACGACCCAAUUCCGGAUUUGACCGAGCUCACUGGUCCAAUUACACGGUCCCGAGCUAAGAAGCUGUCCAUGGUCAUUUGGAGGUUAUACACCGAGCUGAUGGCCAAGUUCACGGAUGCCACACUAAGCGACCGAGCUGUAACACUCUUAGCCUAUUCAGACGGUGUGGCCCCUUGA